AGAAAUCAGUGAGGAAGUGUAACUUGUAAUUGAAAGGAGGGAUAACUUUAGUACAUUGUUUAUUUUGUAUUCAAGUGACACUAGCUACAGAGACUAAGGGAGAUAAUUUUAAUAGACAUAUUUGGUUUGUGUGUGGGAGACUUGCUACACAAGUAACUUUCUGGAGUGUUUGCUGAACAGGCUUAUAGGCUUUCCAGGGAAAUAGAAAGUUCUAGACCCAGACAGAAAACGAGAGAAUCAUGGAGAUGCAAGAAACCCCCCGAGAGAAGGAAAGAGUUGUGGAAGUGGACGAGAGUCAGAUAAUUCUGGAGACCUCAGUCGAGGAAGCUGAAUCUACAGUCUAUUCCAAACUGAAGAGUCCAUCAGAGGACAUUUAUGCUGAAGCUUCUCCUGGCCAGCCCUGUGCCAAAGACAGACCAGACCUGCAGGUCCUGGGGAACGUUGGUCUGUACCGCGCAGUGUGUUUACUACUGUCUGUCAUCUGUCUGGUUCUACUGCUCGUCAUCAUCAUCCUCUGUGUCAAAUUUCCAUCCCAGCCUCAGGUCUGUCAUGGAACUGAAAAAGGGAUUGAGGCUAAAGAGAAGGGGAGUGUGACUGAAAAAGGGAUUGACGCUAAAGAAGAGAGGUUCCAGUCCACUGAGGUGUGCAGCCUGCAGACAUGCCAAGCACAAUACUUCCAACAACAGAGCCAGGUCCCUGCCUGCCACAUGUGUGAUGAAGGCUGGCUGCACUUUGAGAGCUCCUGCUACUUCCUCUCCAGAGACAGAAUGAACUGGGACGAGAGCAGGGACGAGUGUAAGAAGAGAGGGGCAGAUCUGGCUGUCAUAACAAACAAAACAGUGCAGACCUUUCUAACGAAGAAGGGGAACCUGAUGUACUGGAUCGGCCUGAGACAGAGAACUAGGAACUGGGUUUGGGUCAACAACACUGCACUGGGACAGAGUUACUGGUCAGGAUCCAACAGACAGGGGGAUUGUGGGUUACUGACAGGAAGGGAUCCUCCUGAGAGAAGCUGGAGCUCCACAUCAUGUGACCAGUACAGCUUCUACAUCUGCCAGAGGGGGCGCUAAAGGACAGACUUCACCAUCUGCCAGCAGUCACCAACCCUGAUCCUGGAGAGCUAUACGAUGUACAGGCUUUUUUUUCCAGCCCAGCAAUAACACAUGAUUUAGCUAGUCAAUGAAUCACCUUGAGUAGCUGAACAUUUAAGUGUUUACACCAUGUAGGUCAGCAGGGUUUGUGGCCACUGCCAUAUUCCAACUAAGAAACCUGUCAAUACGGAUUCUCUUUAGACUUCUAUCAUUCAGUCCUAUUCCAUAGCGUUUUAUCCCAUGAUUACACAUCUCUAUCAACAGCCUUUUAAACCUUGAUUAUACACUUUAUGACAUACGUCUAUGUUCUAAUUCAUUCAUUAGACAUCCAGGUAUGACCAUUGAUGGUAAAUAUAAUCACAUUACAGUUAGUUCUGCCUUGUGAAGAACAAUCAAGUCGGCCUUACAGUUUCAGUUAGAAUCUGCACUAAUGUUAAAGAUUAACACGCUAUAUUGCACUUAUUUGCUUGUUUUGCUGAGAUGUUUUCUAUAUGUUUUCUUAAUGCCUUUGAAUGUGAUAAUGACCUACAUGAUUAUGUGCAUUAACCAAUCAUUAUGUUUUAAGUAUUGAUUCACAAUCCUGAAAGAAACAAAAGUUUAAUAUAACUUGUCCCUGUAAUAAAGAAUCCGUUAUCAUA